UUAAGUUAUUUUUCUUUUAGGUGGGAAUGAACAAGUCAUUCGUGACCUUCAACAGUGGCAACAGAAUGCCAGUAGAUAUAAGAUCAGCAGCAACACAGACCCACUCUCAGACUUAAAGAAGAUUGCUUCAGAAAAGGGCUAUAAAAUUUCUGACAAUCAAGGGUCAGGGAAUUGUAUGUUCUAUGCCUUGUCAGAGCAACUGGAGACUGUCAAAGGAGUAAAGAUCCAUCAUUUUGAAUUGAGGCGGUCCUUAGUUCAGUAUCUAAGAGAGCACCCAAAACUGGUGGAUGGAACAGAUCUGUUUCACUUUGUUGAUAGACACACAACGUGGGGUGGUUACUUAACAGGCAUGGAACAAGAUGGCACUUGGGGUGAUCAUAUGAUUCUCUGGGCUGCAGCAAAUUGUUAUCAAAUAGCCAUUCAUGUGAUUAGUAGUCUUCCAGGCUAUAGUGAGGUAAUUAUCAAGCCAGAUUGUCCAUUUGACCAAAGUAAGCAUCUUGUACUGGGACAUGUCCAUGAAGUACACUAUUUCAGCCUUCAGCCCUUACAAGAAACUAGGGCAACUACACCAGGGAGGGAUAAGAGACCAGCAUCUGUCAGUGCAGAUCAGCCUCGCAAGCAACUCAGGAAAGAGUUGACUAAUCAUGACUACUGUGAAGGUAAAUUGUGAGGGCAUGAGGUGAAUCAUCCAAUUCA